AUGUCUGCGCUCCUGAUAGUGGUAGUAUCGUCGGCAGUGGUGGCGUUGGGCGCGUGCGGGCGGCUGGAGCAGCAGUACCUGCCCCCGCGGCCCGGCGGGGGGGCGGGGGGUGCGGGGAGCGGCUACGGGGGCGGCAGCUCGUUCGGGGCGGGCGGCGGCGCGGGUGGCAGCGGGUUCGGGGGCGGUAGCGGCGGUGGUGGCGGUGGAGCCAAUAUUCCCAUCAUUAGCUACGAGAAUGUCAACAAUGGAGAUGGAUCCUACCGGUACAGCUAUGAGACCGGCAACGGCAUCAAAGCGCAGGAGAGCGGGUCCCCGCGCGCGCCCGGGCCCGAGGGCCCCGCGGUGACGGCCGAGGGUUCCUUCUCCUACCGCGCGCCCGACGGCCAGCAGAUCUCGCUCACCUACACCGCAGAUGAGAACGGGUUCCACCCCGCCGGCGCCCACCUGCCCACGCCGCCACCCAUACCUGAGGCCAUACUCAAAUCCAUUGAGUUCAACAAGAGGAAUCCCUCUUCUGAGGGCGCGUACAACCCCGGCGCAGGCUCCGGUGGCUCCGGCGGCGGCGGCGGCGGCUACCACUACUGA